GGGGGUGGGGUCGCGAGGCUGCGGGCAGGGAGGGCAGCGCAGCGCCAUGGCGGCGCCGCUUCGGGACCGCCUGGCUUUCCUGAGCCGGCUGCCAGUGCUGCUGCGGGGCACAGCGGAUGACGACACCCCCUGCCCUGGGUACCUGUUUGAGGAGAUCGCCAAGAUCUCCCACGAGUCGCCCGGCAGCAGCCAGUGCCUGCUGGAAUAUCUCCUCAACCGGUUGCAGAGCAGCUCCUGCCACGUCAAGCUGAAGGUGCUGAAGAUCCUGCAGCACAUGUGCACCCAGGGCUCACCCCAGUUUGUCCAGCAGCUGAGGAGGAACGCCUGCUUCAUCCGGGAUGCAGCAGUGUUUUCUGGGCCCCCAGACCCCCUCCAUGGAAACAGCUUGAACCAGAAGGUCCGGUUAGCUGCACAGGACUUGGCCAGCGUUCUCUUUAUGGAUGCACCGCUCCCACCACCUGCCACGCUGCCUGCCCGUCCCCUGCCUCCUGCGGGCAUGGGCUCCAGCCCCAGCCCCUGCAGCUCCCUGCAAGGAUUUGGCUUCAGCAGUGAGCAAAGCAGCUCUGCUUCUCCAGGAGAAGCCCUGCUGAGCUCCAUCCAGCGGGCGGCCGAAGCGGUGGCCCAUGCUGUGCUCCCAUCCCCAUCGCAGCCCCAGCCUCGUCACAGAGAGCUCCACGAGGACUUGUACGAGCCUGUGAGAGCCCCCUCUCCCAACAGGAGCCCCAACAGAGCUGUGAAGCCCCCGGCAGCCACCGCAGCACACAGCACCCGAGUGAGCCACCAGCCGGGGCUGGCCGGCGGCGGGUGGGAGGAGGCAGACAGCGGGCACAGCUCCCAGGACUCCUCGCAGGGGAACGGCGAGUUGAGCCACACCUCGGACUCCUGCAGCAAAUCGGGCAGCGACAGCCACUCUGGGGCCAGCCGGGAGCUGGCACACGUUGCUGAGAGCAGGGUGGAUGCUGACAGCCUGGGUGACUGCGUGCGGGAGGUGAGCCUGGUGUCGACUCUGACCCGUGGCACCAGGGUCUUCCUCACCCGGGAGGAAGCACAGCACUUCCUCAAGGAGUGUGGGCUGCUGAACUGCGAGGUGGUGCUGGAGCUGCUCAGCCGGGCGCUGGGAGACCCUCGGGACAGUGUCCGCAUGAGGUCCAUGUGCGCCAUCUCCUCCCUCAUGUGCUCUGAUCUGCUUUCCCUGGACCAGAUCUUUGCCGCGACGCGGCAGCACCUGCAACAGCUCAGCCAAGGCAGCCCCGGUCCUGUCGCCAACCGAGCAACCAAGAUCCUGCGGCAGUUUGAGGCACUCUGCAGAGACCGGCCUUCCCCCAAAACCACACGCCCGCGCAUGGACCCUUCCACGGGCUCAGCCCUGAACCCUGGGGACCUGCUGACGGACAUCCCGCUCCUGGCCAGCGAGAGCAUCCUCACCCCACUGAGCACCAUCCCACUCCCUGGGCAGGAGCAGGGGCUGGAAGCGGAGCCCCACAGGCACCCCGGAGCUGCAGUGCCACCAUGCCCGUGUGAGCCAGAGGUGGCAAGCAGGCUGGCAGGGGAUGGCAGCCUCUCCCUCUUCGCCGGCAUGGAGCUGGUAGCCCAUCCCGGUGCGGUGCUGUGCCCAGACUCUGCGGCAGAGCCACGGCCACCGUCCCAGGACAGACCGAUGGACACAGAGGGCAGACAGCAGCUCUCGGCCUUCGCCUUCCUCAACAUGUAGCAGCUGGGGUGGGGGGCUUUGCCCUCCCUCGCUGUGGGGCCAUGGACCCCUGGAAGCUGCUCUGGCACAGGGUUUCGGAAAAGCAAAGGAGCUUUUUGCCCAAAGUCCUGGUUUUCCAGAGCCAAAGCCUGGCCGCUGGCACCCCGCGCUCAGCUGGGCUGUGCAGGGGGGCUGGAGGCCAGGGCAGAGCUGGGGGGUGGUUGGGGACCCCAGCAUAGCCAUGGGGUGCCCCUCCAUGUCCCCGGGCUCCGGUGGCUGAGGGGAGGCCCCGCCAAUAAACCCUGCGCUCAGG